UCAAAUCGCCAAGGAGUUAGACACACAAAUUAUGUUUUGACUAUCUAAUAAUAAUAUUCACAUCGGGUGAAAAUAAUCCACGUAAUCUUUGAAGAUUUAUCAUGAACAGGAAAAAAGAAAAAGAAAAAGGAAUUGAACCCUCAAAAUAAAGAAACGGCUGGGAUAUAAACCCUAGUUUUGUUUUUUUCUCCCUCUUAAAGUUAUAUUAAACCCUAGUAUCAUACAACAAGAAAACAACAAUGAAAAGUUUGCUCCCCCGAUCUUGAGUAUAUCUCCUCUGCUUAGAACUUCCUUUGCCUAGUCGAAUCUACAGUUUGUUUUUGGUAGGCGCCAUGAAACGCGAGAAGAGACAACGUAUUGAGGCAGAUCCCAUCCCUCUUGACCUACAGGAGGCUAUACUCACUAGAUUGCCUGCCAAGUCUCUUAUGAAUUUUCUAUGCGUGUCAAAGACGUGGUCUUCCAUCAUCCGAAACCAAAGGUUUGUCAAUUCUUACUACGCGAUGUCCUCCACGAUCGGGUCGCGGUUUACAAUCGCUUUCUGCUGCGGUUCACAAGCCAAAUUUGAUGACUGGCGUUUGUUCGUCUUCUCGUCUUCCUACGAAGAUGAGAAAUCUUCUUCUUUGGCAACCACUCUCCAUAUGACAAUACCUUCAGUGUCUAGCGCCUCCGGCUGUCUUUCUGUCCAUGGCUUAAUCGGUUGUACUAUUGGUGGUCCGUUCAUUGUCUGUAACCCCAGCACCAACAAAUACACUAUCCUACCAUGUGCCGGGCCACGCACAUUCUUGGGAUACGAUCCUGUUGGAGAUCAAUUCAAAGCAUUGACCAUGGUGUCUUAUCCUCCUCCUCCUCAGCCUCAGGAUUUUCUAGUGUACGAGGUUUUAACACUUGGAGGAGGAGAAUCUUCAUGGAUAUGCAAUACGUUCACCAGCCUGCCUCAUUUCACUGUUACCAACUCAAUAUGUAUCAAUGGUUUCGUGUAUUAUGCUGCUUGGACCCCAACCCGAACUACAAAUCCGGUGAUUGUGUGUUUUGAUGUUAGAUAUGAGAGGCUGAGCUUUAUCAAAGCGCCUAUGCCUGUUGUUUGCUGGGAGGGUGAAUCUAUUCUCAUAGAAUACAAAGGGAAGCUAGCUUCCAUUGCAAGACACCCUCAUGCUGAUUUCCAUAGUUUUGAUUUAUGGAUACUAGAAGAUGCGACGAGACAUGAUUGGUCCCAGCAAACAUUUGAGCUUCCUUUCUCUUUGGGGAUGGGUAGGAAUAUCACUUCCCCGGGCACUAACAAAGCUGGUGAAAUCAUUUUUGCCCCAAAACACCUCUCAUAUGAUGUUCAACCAUACUACAUUUUUUACUACAAUGUUGAUAGAAAAGACAUGAGAAAAGUUAGGCUACUAGGAAUUGCUGACGAUGAAGAGUUUAGGCGCCGUUACAAGAUCGCAGGGCAAUGUUACGUCUCCAUCUCACCAGAACACGUUGAAACUAUUGCCUCUCUAUGAGCUAUUUGGCUGAGUAUUUGUCUCAAUUCACAGUCCAAUCAUUAUGAAUCCUUAUUCGGGAAUGUUUUAAAUUUGAAUCAGAAACAACUAAAAGUGAAGAGAGCUCCAUGCAAUUGGAAAACAAAAUUCAGAUAACCAAAAGCUCACAUCUGUAAAAAUUUAGAGAACAUACCUGGGUUUGUCAAAUGGUUGGACUUUAUUGCAAAAACAUUAUUAUUUAUCUUCCUUAAUUUCGGGUUUAGCUGCAGAAGAAAAUCGCAUUUAGAGCAAAAAAUGGAAAUAGGAUUGGCUUUGUUUUUUAUGUUUAAACCAAACCUAGCUUGAUACUUGAUAGCCUUCCACGU